GAGGGCCAGACCGUCGUGAUCCUCGGUGGUGGCGUCGUCGGCGUGGCCACGGCGUACUACCUGGCGAAAAGCUCGCGGGUCUUGCGCGGCGCCGCGUGCGGCCGGUGGUGGUGGACCGCUGCGGGGUGGGCAGGGCGGCCUCUGGCAUGGCCGCGGGGUUCCUGCCCCGCAGCGGCUGGGCGCGGGGGCCGCAGGCCAAGCUGCACGAGCAGAGCUUCGACCUGCUGCGGGACCUGGCGGGGGAGCUGCAGCUCGAGUCUUACUCGCCGCUGCCCACCUGGCUCGGGGUCGCCGGUGACCGGGCGGAGCCCCCCCCGGAGGGCUUCCCUCGGUGGCUCAACGGCCGCGUCGCCUCGGCGGAGAGGGUGCCGGACGAGGUGGCCCAGGUCGACUGCCGCGAGCUCGUGGGCAAGCUCGCCCGCGCGGCCGAGGAGCGGGGCGCGGAGUUCCGCGUCGGGCGCGCGGAGGGCGUGCGCUCGGUGGGCGAGCGCGGGCAGCGGCAGGUGCGGGGCGUCGUGGUGGACGGGGAGGUGGUGCCGUGCGAGGCCGUCGUGGUGGCGCUGGGGCCCUGGUGCGUGCUGGCCGAGGACUGGUUCGAGGGCCUCUCGCUGCGGCUGCGGGGGACGCUCGGCUCCACGGCCACCUUCCGCCGCGCCGGGGACGCGGCCUCGACGGACCAGGUCUUCUGGGCGCCGGACGAGCACGGCCGGAGCCUGACCACGCUCACGCGCCGCAACGGGGACGUGUACUGCCUCGGGUUCCGGGGCCGCUCGAAGGUGCUGGGCAAGGGCGAGCUGCGGGAGCUGGCCCCCGAGAAGGUCGGCGCAGACGCAGGCGACCUGGCGGCCCUGUCGGGCGCCCUCCAGGAGGUGUCGGGGGUGGGCCAAGGCUGGGAGCCGCACACGAUCCAGGCAGGCGUCCGGGGCGUCAUGGAGGACCACGUCCCGCUGAUCGGGAAGAUCCCGGGCUACGGGGGCGCUGCGAUGCUGGCGUGCGGCCACAACUGCUUCGGGAUCCUGUGCGGCCCCUCCUCUGGGCUGGGGCUGGCCGAGCUUCUGCUUCACGGGGAGUCCACCAGCAUAGACCUCACGGCAUUCGACCCUCUGCGCACGCAGAUUGUGAGGUGA